UUUUUUAUGCUCUGUUUGGGAAGGCAGAUAAAAUGCCAGGUCUGGACCGCCUCUGGGGAUAACCUCACCCUGUGCGAUGUGAAUGAAUAGCAUCUUGCCUGGUAAAUCCACAGCAGUUGAUAAGGCAGGUGCAAGUCUUCCAAACAGGCCUUUUCUGUCUUUACCUCUAGCUGUGGCUUCUGUAGCAGUUUUGUUUUUGCCUUGAUAGAGGUGCUCUGGAUUAUCAGACCUCCAUGUAUGACAAUUUGUACCUGCAUGGAAUUGAAGACUCGGAGGCUGAAGAAUAAUGUGAUGUGUUACCCAAGAUGGUGUGAACAAAGCUUCAAGCCAAUGGAGAAGACUAGGCCUAAAUAGCUGACCCGGUGAAGUGAAAAAUAAAGCCACACCUGGAGAGCCACAUCCUCAGCAGUCUUUCUCAAUGCCAAUGCAUUUAUGGCUGGUUCAGCGGAUUCCUACACGAGCAGGCCGUCUGACUCCGAUGUCUCUCUGGAAGAGGAUCGGGAAGCAAUUCGGCAAGAGAGAGAACAGCAGGCGGCCAUCCAGCUUGAGAGAGCAAAGUCCAAACCUGUAGCAUUUGCUGUGAAGACGAAUGUGAGCUACUGUGGUGCCUUGGAUGAAGAUGUGCCUGUCCCAAGCACGGCCAUCUCCUUUGACGCCAAGGACUUCCUACACAUUAAAGAGAAAUAUAACAAUGAUUGGUGGAUAGGAAGGCUGGUGAAAGAAGGCUGUGAGAUUGGCUUCAUCCCAAGUCCGCUUAGAUUGGAGAACAUCCGGAUUCAGCAAGAACAAAAAAGAGGACGUUUUCACGGAGGGAAAUCCAGUGGAAAUUCUUCUUCAAGUCUUGGAGAAAUGGUAUCAGGGACAUUUCGAGCAACCCCCACAUCAACAGCAAAACAGAAGCAAAAAGUGACGGAGCACAUCCCUCCCUACGAUGUUGUGCCAUCCAUGCGUCCGGUGGUGUUAGUGGGGCCGUCACUGAAGGGUUAUGAGGUCACAGACAUGAUGCAGAAAGCCCUCUUUGAUUUCCUGAAGCACAGGUUUGAUGGGAGGAUAUCAAUAACAAGAGUGACAGCUGACAUUUCUCUUGCUAAGAGGUCUGUCCUAAAUAAUCCCAGCAAGAGAGCAAUAAUUGAACGCUCAAACACUCGGUCCAGCUUAGCGGAAGUACAAAGUGAAAUUGAAAGAAUCUUUGAGUUGGCAAGAUCUUUGCAACUGGUUGUUCUUGAUGCAGACACCAUCAAUCACCCAGCACAACUUAUAAAGACCUCCUUAGCACCAAUUAUUGUUCAUGUAAAAGUCUCAUCUCCAAAGGUUUUACAGCGGUUGAUUAAAUCUAGAGGAAAGUCCCAAAGUAAACACUUAAAUGUUCAACUGGUGGCAGCUGAUAAACUUGCACAAUGUCCCCCUGAAAUGUUUGAUGUUAUACUGGAUGAAAACCAGCUGGAGGACGCGUGUGAACAUCUGGGAGAAUACCUUGAGGCCUACUGGCGUGCCACUCACACGACCAGUAGCACCCCCAUGACCCCACUGCUUGGAAGGAAUUUGGGCUCAACAGCACUCUCACCAUAUCCCACAGCAAUUUCUGGGUUACAGAGUCAGCGUAUGAGGUACAGCAACAACUCCACAGAGAACUCUCCAAUUGAAAGGCGAAGUCUAAUGACCUCUGAUGAAAAUUAUCACAAUGAAAGGGCUCGGAAGAGUAGGAACCGCUUGUCUUCCAGUUCCCAGCAUAGCCGAGAUCAUUACCCUCUCGUGGAAGAAGAUUACCCUGACUCAUACCAGGACACUUACAAACCUCAUAGGAACCGAGGAUCGCCUGGGGGAUAUAGCCAUGACUCUCGACAUAGGCUUUGAGUCUGCAGAAACAAACAAAAUAUUCAUCUGUUGACAAUUUGCCAUUGCACUGCUAGGAUACAACCAAUCAUCUUAACUCGGCAACUACAGCACAGUAUUGACUGUGCUUAUGGGCUGCUGUCAUUGAUACUAAGAAGGGGCAAAAAGAAAAAAAAAAAAAAAAAAGUGUACAUUAUGCCCUUAAGUCUAGAUGGAUGUUAGAUGCCCAAUCAUAGAGAUAUUUUUAAGUGCAACAUUUACAUAACAGUACCUUUUGUUUUCUUCAUUAGGUUUAGACACAUCAAUUUGUAAUUUAAGGUACUUAUCAAGGCACAUAUAAAAUAAUUUCCCAUGCUGGAAAUUCCAAAUGACCAGUUCCAGUUGGAACCAAUUUAUAAACCAAUUCCUGUUGGAAUUUGGGUGAAUUGACUAGAAAGUCUACUUGAGCAUGUUGUAAUCAAUUUAAAAAUCUGAAAAAAAAAAAAAGAAACUAAUCAAUAAAAUCAAAAUACCAAUAGAAGCCAAAACCAGCUAUGGUAUUUAUUUGCUGGAGACUAAAUUUACACUUAAAGUUGGAAUGUAUAAACAUUUUAAUAUAUGUUAACGUUGCCAGAUGGCUUUUCAAACUUACCAAAUGUAUUGAUAGUGCAAAAAAAAAUCUCAAAUUAAUGCAGAAAUUCUACAGUCUCCUCAGAUUUUAAUAUUUUUAUUUCUUUUCUGGCACAGCUGUUGUAUUCAAAGUGUUUUGCUUUUUGUUUAGUCACAACUGUUAGCUUGUUUGAAGUUGGCAAAAAAAAAAACCUCAAAAUUUCUUUAGCAGUGAGAGAGAAUAGUAAAGAGAAGCCCAAUCAUAGCUGGUUAUGUGAGAUGGAAAAUGGGGUGUUGUUUCCCCUUUAAUCAAUCUGAGCACAACUACAUACAUUCAGGAAUCUGAAGUCAGACAGUAAGAAUGGGCACAGAUCCUCCUGAGUGCAAGGCUAAACAUCUCCAGAUGGGAUUUCACCUAUCCCACUUACCACAAAUACGGGUUCCGUGUUCACCGCCAGCACAAUUGAGUAUCUUUCCAUUGCUUCACUCAGUCUCUGUCUUUGAAUAUCUGAAUGUUCUAGCCCUUCACCAAAUUCUUUAUAAUCAUGCUAAGGAUUUUUUGUUUUACAUGGACACACUGAAUUUUGAUAUUGAAAGCUGCGUUUAUACAAAAUGAAUAAUUGAAAAACUGUGAAAACGAAUUUACAAGCUUGCAGUAAAAAAAUAAACUUGUAGAUUCAGAAUAGAUUUGUUUACUAAAAUUGUAUCAUUUUUAUUGCAGAGAAUUAUAAAGCAUUUGAAGAUUGAACUGCUUUAUUUCUAAUGAACACUCCUCUUUACCUAUUAAGUCUUCACAGUUUUUCCAGUGACUAUAAUUACAGAAUCAGUGACCUUAUGUCUCCAAUAAUCAAGGAAGCCUUAGAUUCACUAUGAUCCAAGAAACUAUUGAAAUUGACCCUUUUAUACAAUACACAAAUGUCUUUAGGAAAAGACUCUUGUUUCUAAGAGUCCGUUUUUCUAAAACUCGCAUAGGAUCAGGCAUAAAAGUCCUUUUCUACUAGUACAUGUCAUGAAGCCUAUUUUUUUUGGAAAACAAUAAUAAUUCAUAUUCUGUUAUCUUAUUUCCCCCCAUCCAAGCCUUUCAAUGUUUAGGCUCUCAAAGCAUGCACCAGUUAAAUAAUUUUCUUGACCAUGAAAAUAGGUUCCAUAUUCUUAAUUAGUUAUGUAUAUAUCUUGAACCUCAUUAUAACCCCCGCAUUCCCUCUCCUCCUGUUAUUCACUGUGCAUACCCCAUUAUGAACCUGUUUAGCUGAUAAUGAGGAUGCCUAUAAUCAUGUAAGUUAUCGCAAAUAUUUGAUACAAUUAAAAAAUGUGGGCUCAGUGAAUUCUAAAAGUUAACAUGUGAUACUGGCUUGUGAGGUUCUUUUGUCAUCUAGUGAAGCUUACAGAAUUUUCAGUUAAGACAUUUAAAAGAGCUAUAUCCAUUAGGCACUUUACUAAACAUACAACCUGCCAUUACUGAAUACUUUGUUAGAGCACAGAAGAGCAUUUUCCAGCAAACAAAUAUAUUUAUUACAUGUACAGCACAUAUUUGCAUGAAAAAGAAAACACUAGCCAAAACAUUUUUCUAUAUGCUUUACUGGUUUCUUGUUUGUGCGCAUUAAAGUAUUUAAUUGCAAAGAGUGCACCAAGGUGUUAAACUUAGACUAGACAGCUGUUCAGCUUUUUCUGUAGUAGCAUUAGCAAUCUGGCCAUUUAACUACUUUAAGAUAUUUACAUUUUAUGGCAGGUAGCUGUAACAGCAUUUACAUAUAUUUCCUAGUCAGCAAGAUUACCAUAUUCUUUCAACUUUUAAAAAUCUCUUGUUUUUAAUGGCCUCUCAAAGCCUAGUUUCUAUGUCCUCUAUGUCACGCUGAUAGAGAGGUCUACUCAAUAUCUGUGCACAAAACCAAUCUUUCCUUUACCAUCAAGUGUCCAUACCUGUUUUGCUUUGCAUUCUUAUUCAAAAGCUAACAAUCUUGGAAAGGGUAUAAUGUAUAUUUUCUUGAUGGAUGUACUUAAAUUUUUACUUUGAUUUAGCAUAUUCUUUCCCCUUCCUUUUGUAAUACGUUAUCUUCUCCAAAUGAAUAAGGGAUAUGCAUUUUCCUUUUUCUUUUUCUUAAGCCUUAGAGUUUAUUGUGUAAAUGAUACUAAAAUACAGAUAUAUACUAAAUGAAAAGUUUUAUUUUUACCAAACACAUCAAGCACCUUUGGAAAAUACAUAUUCCAUAAAUACUUUGUUUUUAACUGAUUUCAUUUAAAGAUUAGCAAAUGAUAAGCAGGAGAAGCAAGUCUUAUAAUGUUUUGAGGCUGCUUUAACUUAUAGUAUAAACCACAUAUUCUGUAAUUUCAGCAUAUAUAAUUUCAGAAUAUGUAAAUUACAUAUUCUGUAAUUUCAGUCAGCGAACAUGUAACAAUGUAGACACAUGUGACAAUGUGGAAGUGUAGUCUUGGAAAAAAAAGGAAUGCGAUUUGUCAAUCCUGAUGUUAAUUCUCAAGGCUGUAAUGUGACUCCAGUAUUGUAAUCAACCAUGUUAUCUUGUUUCCUCCAAUAUUUAAAGCAACACUUAGAAAUGUUUAUAAAUGACUGAUGAUUCUCGCUUUUCUUUAUACAGUUCUGUUGGAAAGAAAAUUGAAAUUAACAAUUCAGACUGAUAGUCUUUCCUAGUAAGAGAGUCUUAAUUAUGUGACAAUAUGACAUUGCUUAGUUCUUAACGAAAUGAAUUUUUUAAGUAUAAAACAAAUUCUGAGAAAAUUAUUUGUUCCCUUUGAAUAAUUUCUUAAUUACUUUAAUUAUUAUUGUUGUUGUUUGCGAAAUGUAUUUUUGGAAUGUUAACCUCUUUAACAUACCUGCAUACUUGAACUUGUCUUUUGUGUGAGGGCCUUAAAAUUCAUAAUCGGAAGCUAAAGCAGUGAAAGGGAGGGAGAGAAGGAAAUGAUGCCAAAAUACGGUUUGCAAAUUUAAACUCCUUGAAUGAACAUAUCAUAAAAUGUUGUUGAGACCCAGGAUGUCAGUUAAGAAUGUUUCUAGGCAACCUUAAUUUGCAUGCUAGUGUAUUUUCUUAUUACACAAUUUUAUUUUGGUAUUUGCUAAAAAAUAAAAACAAAAUAAUGCCACUACAGAAAUUGCCCUAUAUAUUGAUAUUUAUACUACCUCUUCUCUAGAGAAGACAAUCUGUCUUUAAAGAGAAAACACUUUUCAAUAAGUAGGGAAUUUAUUACUCUUACUGCUAACCUUGCUGCAAAGCUAAAUGCAUAAAUUGUUAAAAUAUACUUUCCCCUUAGAUUUUCAACUGUUGACAAAAUGCUCUUGUCACCCUUUCAUUUCUUCCAUGUUAGUGAACUUUUCUUUCAAUCAGUUCACAGUUUAUCAGGAGACAAGGUAAACAUUUAAUAUGUCAGUAAUCAUAGGGAACAAGACAAACUGCAAGGAAAUUGCUUUUGUGUGCAAUUUGUUAUAACAUCUAGCUCCAAGUCUGAGAGUAGAUUCAGAGAUUUGAUGUUUAAGUGAAGUUGGUUUGCAAAUUCAAAUUUUGUUGAUCCUUGACUUCUCCUAUGGACACUUAGCCAUUUACUGAGUAGGAUCAUCUUGGACACUCAUGUCCUUGGAACAAACUUCAUAUCAAUGUUUCAAAUAAAUGAGAAUGUACCCCUUAUUUCUUUUAUAUUUCUGCCUGUAUUUCUGUCUUUCAUGACACUGUUGCAUGUUCUUUUCUUUGUUAAUUAUAUAAAAUUCAUCUUUGAAUAACUUUAUGAAUGAAAACAUUAUAGGGAAUUAUGUAAUAAAAUUUGUUUCAUUAGUUCCUCAUACCUUUAAACAUUAGUUCCUCAACACUUUAAAUAUUGUUAAUUCUGUAACUGUUAUUAAGUUACUUACUCAAGCUGUGUCUAUAGGGCAGAGAACAGUCCUCUUCUUUUAGAUGAUAAUCAUGAUCAAACCACUCAAUACAAUAGUUGUCAGAUAGACAACAAGGAUAACUUUUUUGUUGUUGACUUAAGCAGUCAAGUUACUUAAAAUAGUAAAAUUGGUUUAUAUGAGCAGACAGAGCUACAGCAUUCAAAAAUUACUUGUUAAAGGUUUCCUUUUUUGUUAAAAUGAACUUUCUCAAAUGAAACUCAUCCUCAUGUAGCAAGUAUCUCUUUCUACUUGCGGAUGGUUUCAUACCAAAUGCUUCAUGUAAUUAAGGGACAUUAUGAGAGGACUAGAAAAUAUUUCAUCAGAUAAUCUUGACUAAGGGCUGUAACUCCCACUUACCGUGAAAACAUAAGUAAGAGUGAAUAGUCAUGAGUUUGGGGGAGUCAUAGUUACAUAUGAAAUUUUCCUUUGUUUCUUUUGAUGUAUGUAAAAUGUUUGUAGAAAGAUGGUAGAAUAUGUUAUUAAUGAAUUUAGAGUGUUUGGGGAAUACACUGAUGCUUCCUCUUUGAAAAUUAUAGAGUUAAAAUGAGGACUAUCUAGGAACCAAAAUUGGCAGGCCUCCAGCUUUACAAUACUUUGUAAGUGUUCUUGGUUAUGUUUUGAACACUUAAAUUUCUCAACAAAUGGCUAUGUCUAUAUUUAUGUAGGGGCCACUCUUGCUCUACUUGCAUGCCACUUUCACACAUCUUUAACUGAAAUCAGUGUGAAUUCUGUAUGCAUAUGGGAUGUAUUUUAAGAUGCAGGAUCAUUAAUGCUAUAUUGUUGCAUACUAUUUUUUAUUUUUCAUAUGCCUUACAAUAUUUUCUGGGAUGUUAUUAAAAUGAAAGCAUUUUAUUGCCAAAAUAAACCUGUGUUGUUAUUUCUAAUCUGCAUUAGCAGUAGAAAAAUAAUGUAGCAAAAACAUAUAUUGUAUAGUACAAAAUUAUAAAAGAUAUAUAUUUUGCCAAUAAUAUAAAAAGAGAUUGAGGAGAAAGAAGCACAUUUGUUAUAGCACAAACUUACAACAAAAUCCACUGUUAAAUUUGGCAGUUGUAUUUUUUAAAAGUAUAUAGAUUUAGUUCUAAGUUUUAUCAGAUUUAUUUCAUCUACCAUCUUUUUAACUUGCUGCUUGAUACUUUUCCAGCAAUUUACUUCAUAGCCUUGCAAUCUGUGGAUGUAAUUUAUUUUACUUUAUCCCCUUCCAUAAAACUUAUUAAAUUUUAUUUUGUGAUAAGACUCAUACUAUAUUUACUGUUCUUAUUUCUUCUCCUUCAGUAACAACUACAAAAAGUAACAGCAAGUGAACUUAUAGGGCUCCUCUGAAUUUUGGACAUGUUUGAAAUGUUUUAUAUUUUUCACAGCCUACCGUCAGAAUGAGAAAUAAAGAUGUCCCAACAACAACAAAAAAGUAUUUAGGGAUUCUUCAAUUUGUUUUGUACUGAAUACCAUUUUGAAACAUAAGUAAAAGCCAUUAGCUGUUUUUUUUGAAAGGGUGGUGGGAGGGAAAAACAGAUAAACUUAUUAAUACUAAAAAUAAAAAUGGCAAAUUGAUGUAAAAAGAUUUCCCUACUAUUCUGAGAGCUGUUGAUAUCCCAAACUAUUGCUAUAUCUCCAGCUACAAAGUGGAAAAAAAAUGCUUUUAUCCAGUAUUUUUCCUUUCUUUAAAUUUUAGUUAUUUAUUUUGAUAAUUUACCCCCUUUUAUUUUUCUUAUAUAGGUAAAUGUGUAGCAUUCUACAAGGCAUGCUGGGUAAAAUAUACUAUGCAAAUGUGUACAGUGCUGCAUGUUUUGUUCUCCCUCUGCUUUAGUGGCUUUAAAGAAAAAAAAAAAGUGUUGUUAUUUUUGUGAACCAAAACAUUUAACAAAGAAAAUGCAGAGUGCAUGCAUAUAGUAUCCUAAUUUCUAUGGAUUUGUUUUAUGGAAUUUAAAUGUGUACAAACCAACUGCAUUAAU